AUGAAGUUCACCCUGGGCCUGGGGUCGCGGGCGUGGAGAGUGUCUUGGGAGCUGACGGCAGCGGCGGCGGCAGGCCCUGGGGCGGGCGGCGGCGCUCUCGGCAGCGGCGCACAGCGGGUCUCCAGCCCGCGGCCGGGCCGCCGCGGCUCUCGGCUCGCGCGCGCCCUCCCUCUAUGUAUCUCAGGCGGCGGCGGCGCCCGAGUUCUCCCGGACUGCGCCGGGCCGAGGCCGGGCCGCCCCGGCUCCAGGCAGCUGGCUGGCCCGAGCGCUAUGGAGCAGACGUACGGCGAGGUGAACCAGCUGGGCGGCGUGUUUGUCAACGGCCGCCCCCUGCCCAACGCCAUCCGCUUGCGCAUUGUGGAGCUGGCGCAGCUGGGCAUCCGACCCUGUGACAUCAGUCGGCAGCUUCGCGUAUCCCACGGCUGCGUGAGCAAGAUCCUGGCGCGCUACAACGAGACAGGCUCCAUCCUGCCCGGGGCCAUCGGGGGCAGCAAACCCCGCGUCACCACCCCGAACGUGGUCAAGCACAUCCGGGACUACAAGCAGGGAGACCCUGGCAUCUUUGCCUGGGAGAUCCGCGACCGGCUGCUGGCCGACGGCGUCUGCGACAAGUACAAUGUGCCCUCCGUGAGCUCCAUCAGUCGCAUCCUGCGCAACAAGAUUGGCAACCUGGCGCAGCCCGGGCCAUACGAGGCAAGUAAGCAGCCACCGCCGCAGCCUGCGUUGCCCUACAACCACAUCUACCAGUACCCCUACCCCAGCCCUGUGUCGCCCUCGGGCGCCAAGAUGGGCAGCCACCCCGGGGUCCCGGGCACAGCGGGCCACGUCAGCAUCCCGCGUUCAUGGCCCUCGGCACACUCGGUCAGCAACAUCCUGGGCAUCCGGACGUUCAUGGAGCAAACAGGGGCCCUGGCGGGGAGCGAAGGCGCCGCCUACUCCCCCAAGGUGGAAGACUGGGCGGGCGUGAACCGCGCGGCCUUCCCCGCCACCCCAGCAGUGAAUGGGCUCGAGAAGCCUUCUUUGGAGGCGGACAUUAAAUACACUCAGUCGGCCUCCGGCCUCUCCGCUGUCAGCAGCUUCCUCCCGGCCUGCGCCUACCCGGCCUCCAACCAGCACGGCGUGUAUGGCGCGCCGGGUGGCGGCUACCUCGCCCCGGGCCCGCCGUGGCCGCCGGCGCAGGGCCCUCCGCUGGCGCCCCCCGGGGCCGGCGUCGCAGUGCACGGCGGGGAGCUCGCGGCAGCAAUGACCUUCAAGCAUCCCAGCCGAGAAGUGGCCGACCGGAAGCCACCCAGCCCUGGCGGCAAGGCCCCGGACGCGCUCGGUAGCUUGCACGGACUGCCCAUCCCAGCCUCGACCUCCUAG